AUGCAGACCACGAUCGUUAUCCUGCUUUUCGCCAGCCUGCUGGCGCUUGGUUUCGCAGCACCCCGACCAGGGGCGGAGGAAAAGGAUGCCCAGGUGCUGAAGUACGACAACGACCACAACGGCAUCGACGGGUACAACUUCCAGUUCGACACGAGCAAUGGCAUCCAGCGGCAGGAACAGGCAGAGCUGAAACAGUUUGACGAUGAAAAUUCGGCCCUUGUCGUCCGUGGGUCCUACUCGUUCACCGCUGAUGAUGGGCAGGUGUACACGGUCAACUACGUUGCCGACGAGAACGGAUUCCAGCCGGAAGCACCACAUCUUCCGAAGUAA